GUGCGGGCAUCUUUAUGGCUCUCGGUUGGUAUUGCCAAAGUGCGGGUCUCAUUCUGGGGGCCCUGCUGGGGUUGAACCAAGAGCCCUAGCUAGAUUAAUGGGGCCCGACAGCAGCCUGGGACCCAAACGCAGAGAAGAAGACUCCUGGGCCCAGUCUCUCACCCCAGAAACAGGGGGUCUCCGUCCUGCCCCGACCCCAGCAGACCUUGCCCCAGUCAGACACCCCAAUGGCUGCUCAGUACCUUUCGGGUCCCCGCUGCCCCCUCCCGGAAGCCACUCCCUAGCCCCCUUGGUCUGGGCCAUCCCUGUUUCUCCCAGGCUGGGCUUAGGGAGAGCAGGCUGGUUCACUGUUGCAUCUCCCAGACCUAGGGAGCCCGCUGGUGGAAGGGCUGGUGUGAGGGGUUGGUAGUGGCCUGGGAUGAUUCUGGACUUUUCCAAGGGAGAGCCAGACCCACUUCCCACCUGAGCCCGCUUCUCCUCACUACGUGUUCCUAGCCCCAGCCAAGGUCCACGGGACAUUCACAGUUUGCUUAGCUGAGGCUACUGCAGUUUUUGGCUUGGAGAUCCCGACUUCCCAGAAGCCGCCCCCAGAGGGGCGGGGCCGCGAGCAUGUUACUAAUUCAUUCCCCACCUCCUCCCAAGUUCAGAAGCGACCCGCCGGGCACUGGAGCCCAGAUGAAGCCUUCGGCCCCCGGCCGCCCCUGGGGCCUGGCGCGGGUGCUGCUCUUGCUGCUGGCUGCCCUCCACGCAGCGGCCGCCCAGAAGAAUGGCAUCAACAUCUACAGCCUCAGCGUGGACUCCAAGGUCUCGUCCAGAUUUGCCCACACCGUCGUCACCAGCAGGGUGGUCAACAGGGCCAGUGUUAUGCAGGAGGCCACCUUCCAGGUGGAGCUGCCCAAGAGAGCCUUCAUCACCAACUUCUCCAUGGUCAUCGGAGGUGUGACCUACCCAGGGAACAUCAAGGAGAAGGCUGCAGCCCAGGAACAGUACAGCGCGGCUGUGGCCAGGGGCGAGAGCGCUGGCCUCGUCAAGGCCAGCGGAAGAAAGACGGAACAGUUCCAGGUGUCGGUCAGUGUGGCUCCCGCUGCCAAGGUCACCUUCGAGCUGGUGUAUGAGGAGUUGCUCAAGCGGUAUCUGGGAGCAUAUGAGCUGCUGCUGAAAGUCCAGCCCCAGCAGCUGGUCAAGCACCUUCAGAUGGACAUUCACAUCUUCGAGCCUCAGGGCAUCAGCUUUCUGGAGACAGAGAGCACCUUCAUGACCAACGAACUGGCAGACGCCCUCACUGUCUCGCAGAACAAGACCAAGGCUCACAUCCAAUUCAAGCCCACGCUCUCCCAGCAAAUGUCACCAGGGCAACAGGACACAGUCCUGGAUGGCAACUUCAUCGUCCGCUACGAUGUGCACCGGACCGUCUCCGGGGGCUCCAUUCAGAUCGAGAGUGGCUACUUUGUGCACCACUUUGCCCCCGAAGGCCUGCCCACCAUACCCAAGAAUGUGAUCUUUGUCAUUGACAAAAGCGGCUCCAUGAGAGGCAGGAAGAUAGAGCAGACCCAGGAAGCCUUAAUCAAGAUCCUGGAUGACCUCAGCCCCCACGACCAGUUCAAUCUUGUCAGCUUCAGCGGGGAGGCGGCCCAGUGGAAGCCCUUGCUGGUGCCGGCCUCGGCCGAGAACGUGAACCAGGCCAGGAGCUAUGCUGCCAGCAUCCAGACCCAAGGAGGGACCAACAUCAACGACGCGAUGCUGCUGGCCGUGCAGCUGCUGGACAGCGCCAACCAGAAGGAGCUGCUGCCAGAGGGGAGCGUCUCCCUCAUCAUCCUGCUCACCGACGGCGACCCCACCGUGGGGGAGACCAACCCUGCAAGGAUCCAGAAGAACGUGAAGGAAGCUAUAGAUGGCCAGUACAGCCUCUUCUGCCUGGGCUUUGGCUUCGACGUCAGCCUUGCCUUCCUAGAGAAGCUGGCGCUAGAUAACGGCGGCCUGACUCGGCGCAUCUAUGAGGACUCGGACUCCACCCUGCAGCUGCAGGACUUCUACCAGGAAGUGGCCAACCCACUGCUGACAGCGGUGACCUUUGAGUACCCCAGCAACGCGGUGGAGGAGGUCUCACGGGACAACUUCCGGCUGCUCUUCAAAGGCUCCGAGAUCGUCGUGGCCGGGAAGCUCCGGGACCAGAGCCCCGAUGUGCUCUCAGCCAAAGUCAGGGGGCAGCUGCACAUGCAGAACAUCACCUUCCAAACGGAGUCCAGUGUGGCGGAGCAGGAGAACGAGUUCCAGAACCCCAAGUACAUCUUCCACAGCUUCAUGGAGAGACUCUGGGCAUACUUGACCAUCCAGCAACUGCUGGAGCAAAUGAUUUCGGCAUCCGAUGCUGAGAAACAGGCCCUCGAGACCCGAGCUCUGAGCUUGUCGCUCCACUAUAGCUUUGUCACUCCCCUCACAUCCAUGGUGGUCACCAAACCUGAAGGCAAAGAAUGGUCUGAAGUUGCUGAGAAGCCUGUGGAAACCAAAAACAAACACAAGAACUUCUACUUAGGUAAGGGCUUAAUUCCUUCAAAGGCUGGGCCGGGGGACAGUUGGCUGACACAGGGCCUAAGGCCCCAGCCCCACGAGGUUGCUGCUACUCAGACCCUGUCCUGGGCACUUAGGGACACAAUCCCUGGUCAGCUGGGGACCCCAAAGAAGUAUAUCCCAGAAGCAAACCCAGGUCCCUCUGAUUUCCAGGUGGUCCACUCUAGAUUUCGUACCGCUGGAGACAGAAGGUCCAGAAUAACAGCUGGACCUUCCAGGAAGACACCUAGUGACCUAGGGAGAGCCAGACCACAGGGACCUCUUAGUCCUCCUCAUCCUUACCCACUUAUGGCUGGAAAAUCACUGCUACCGGACAUGUUGUUAGCCCCCUCUAUUCUUGACGAAGUGUUUCUUGGCGUGGAUUUAAGAGCCGAAGAUGCCCCCCAGGCCAGAGUCCCUGCAGUAGCUUCUGACCCUGUAACAAGGAGAAUCUGGGAGAGGAAAGCCUCGGGGAGCUCUACAGACUUGUCACAAUCAGCCAAGACAGCCUCACCCCCGGGUCAGUUGCCAGCCUCCCUCAGGCCUGGUCCCCUCCUUGUCCUUGUCUCCCAGCCUGCUCUACCUACCCUAGGAACCACAGCUGCUGUCCCAGCCGCCAUCCAGGCGCCUGCCGUCAUCCUGAUGCUGCCCAGACAGAGCGUGGACCGCCUCUGUGUGGACAUCAAGCACUCUCAGGGGCCGAUGAACCUGCUCUCAGACCCUGACCAGGGGGUUGAGGUGACCGCCCAGUACGAGACAGAGAAGGCCCGGUUCUCGUGGAUCGAGGUGACCUUCAAGAACCCCCAGCUGCAGGUCCGUGCCAUCCCUGAGCACGUGGUAGUGACCCGGAACCGAAGAAACUUUGCCUACAAGUGGAAGGAGACGCUGUUCUCGGUGAUACCCGGCGUCAAGCUGACCAUGGACAAGGCGGGGCUCCUGCUGUUCAGCAGCCCGGACAGAGUGACCAUCGGCCUGCUACCCUGGGACGGCCCCGGGGAGGGGCUCCGGCUCCUUCUGCGGGACACCCACCGCUUCUCCAGCCGCGUUGGCGGGACCCUCGGCCAGUUUUACCAGGACGUGCUCUGGGGGCCUCCGGCAGCGGCAGAUGACAGCAAGCGACUGCUGAGGGUUCAGGGCCUUGAGUACUCUGCCACCAGGUUGCUCAAGCUGGAUUACCAAGAGGGGUCUCCAGGAACAGAGAUUUCCUGCUGGUCCGUGGAGCUGUAGUUAUGAGGGAGGGGUGAAGCCCCCCCCUCAUGCUGCACAAAGGUGUGUGGAGGACUGCCACCGUGUGACCGGAGGGCCGCCUGUGGGGCCUGGGCUGCGAUGGGGAGGAUAUUUUGACUCAUUACAAUAAAAACAGGUGCUGUAAGCCCA